AUAUAUUUAACAUCUUGUCCCACUUAACAUUGUCAAAAUUUUUUUCUAAAUCUAUAAUUCCUAUUUACGCACUAUUACAACUCGUAAAGCUACAAUGCCCUCCCGUGUUCCUCCAUCUGUUUUAAACCCAAAUUGAUCUUCCACUAAUAGUUCUUCCAUCCUGUACAAUACUGUAGGUUAGUUUUAAUUACCCGUAAAACCUGCAAACAAUAUACAAAAUAGGGUAGUAACCUAAUCUAACUUAACCUAUAAGGUAUAAGGGCGGGAAAAGUUCAAAAACCGCAACCUAAUGGAACCUAACUGUUUAAGUUUCAACUCUUCAUAAAUUUUUUCCGAAAGAUGACCAAUGGCUAAUUCCAAAGGAAUUGUGUUCGGAAGACACCUCGUCAACAUCCCUCGCAACCCCCACCCUCUGGGACAAUGGGGUCAUCAAGUACAACAUUUCUCUAUAAAAAUAGAUCCUUCAUAUUAAUCAAAACAGGCGAAAUUCUAUUUAAAGACGUGCUAGAACAUGGUAUUGCAGGAAUUAUUGAGGCAGACUAUAGAUCAAAUGGAAAAUCCGAUUUAAUCGUUGCUACCAUCAAUGGAACGAUUAAGGGAUUCAGUACAACAAAACCUGCAGCAAUUAUGUAUACGGUUGAACAACAAGAAGAAGCAAUAAAAGAAUUGUUGGCUGAAAAGCAGAAACUUUUAGAUGAAAUGAAAACUAACGAAAAGUUGAAAAUUAAAAAUGGUGACCGAGUUUAUUUAGAAGAUGACUUAAUUUCUUCUGGUAUAAUACCAGCGAACACAAAACUUAGUGUAAUAAUUUCAAAUGAAGAUCCCAACAAGGUAUUAAGGAAGGUAUUAAGCUGUGCCAAAAAACAAAAAAGACAAGAAUGUCCAGAAGUCGGCAAUAUCCUGAAAUACUUUUUUCUCAUUUCUUACAAACUAGCUAAUUAAAUACUGAAACUAUAGUUAGCUAUGUUAUGAAAAUCGAAAAAUUCAGAUCACUAUCUCUUAUCAUUAAUAUUAAAAUCAUACUUUUAAGAUACUCGCUAUUUGUAGCAUCUUUUUGUGUUUUGAAUACAAAAUAAAUUGCAUUUGGCA